AUGGCAAACGAUGAUGACUUUGCCCUUUACAACUAUGAUCCGAGUGUCGCUGCAAGUGUGAUUUUUGCGCUGGUCUUUGCCACUAGCGCAGCAGUUCACAUUUGGCACGCGUUUUUCAAGGCAAGGGCAUGGUUCUUCACAGCAUUCACCAUUGGCUCCAUUAUGAUGACUGCGGGAUACAUUAGCCGCGCUAUUUCUGCCAAGAGCCCAAAAAGCCUCGCUCCGUACAUUAGUCAAUCACUCCUGAUCCUCCUUCCUCCUUCACUUUAUGCAGCGACGAUCUACAUGUUGUACGGACGCAUUGUAUAUUGCACGAAGCGUCCCGAUUUAUCUAUCAUUGCUCCCACAAAAGUGACAAAAAUAUUUGUUGUCGGCGACGUCAUUGCAUUCCUCUUACAAUGCAGUGGAGGUGGCCUUAUGGCAAUAUCUGGACUGUCUAGUACUGGACAAAAAGUCAUUGUUUUUGGUCUCUUCUUCCAGCUACUUUUUUUUGGCUUUUUCCUUUACGUGUCCGUGAAGUUUGCGCUUCGAAUUCGUCAAGCACAGGGAGGCUUCCUGGGGGCCCCUUGGGGGACUCUCCUGCACAUCCUUUUCUUGAUGGCUGCCUUGAUCAUCUUCCGAUGUCUGUAUCGGGUGGUAGAGUUUUUGCAAGGACACGAUGGCUAUCUUAUUUCACGUGAGGUAUAUAUGUAUCUCUUUGACGCCCUUCCUAUGCUUGUUGUGCAGCUACUGUUCCAUUACUGGAAGCCGUACAAAAUGCUCAAUUCUGGUGCUGAGCUUGGAAAAACCCCUAGUUAUGUUAACCUUCAUGCUAUGGGGUAA